CAAACUAUUGACAAAUGGAGUAAUAAGGUCCAAAUCGCCUCAGGUAUUCCGCCAAAUAAAAAGUUCAAAGCUAUUAAUCAAGAUCAGCUUUUGAGAGAACUUAUAGAAAGUUGCAUGAUUGAUACAGACGAUCCAGUUGCGCUUGGAACGCAAUGGGUGGCAAUUAGACAAGAAAAAG